CACAGACUAGGGCGCAGUAACCCUGAUGACCUCCGACACUGGCCUGUCUGCAGACACUGAUGCCUGAUCACCAUGGUAACCAGGGCAUCAUGCGGUUAAUCUGAGCUGCGGGUGGAGGUACACAGGUAGGUGGGUGGCAGGUUACUUUAGGUAGUUAACCCAGGAAGUACCUACCCUCAGAACUCCAGGGGUACACAGCGCAGCAGUGUCUUCCGGUAUGAGGGAUCCGCGCUGUACAUGUACAGGGAACACGUCUACAGUAUGUACAGAGGUUAUUGCAGUGCACACGCCACUGAAAGCUCCCACCAUCACUGGUGACAUCUGCCUGAGCACUAUGGGGGCAGCAUCAGUCCUCCGCUGGUAACGUCAGGAGAACAGAUGGAAGUUCGCUGCGGGCCCAGAUUAUAGAAGAGAAAGUACAUAUAUGAAACCAUGCAGAGAGGAGGCGUGGAGCAGAACUCCGGCGAGGGCCGGGGGGCCGCCUUACACACAUAUCUAUCAGAUGAGAGACAACACACCGGCCACUUUCUGCAUCUUCCAGCCAUGCCACCCCUCGCCUACAUCACCAUCUUCAUCCUGGCUCUAGGAGCUGCCCCUGCUCUGCCGCAGAAAGUUCCCAAGAAGAAGCCCGCUGCUAACGGCCUGCUGAAGAUGAACAGCUGCUGUGAGGAGGUCAAAGAUCUGAAGGUGCAAAUUGCCAACCUCAGCAGCCAGCUGGACGAGCUGAGCAAGAAGCAGCAGACGGACUGGGUGAACGUGGUCAUGCAGGUGAUGCAGCUGGAAGGCAGCUACAAGCUGAUGGAAACACGCCUGACCGACGCCGAGGAGAAGUACUCCGAGAUGGACAACCAGAUACAGAUCACACAGCUGCAGGCAGCGCGGACGCAGCCUCAGACCACAGCAGAUGCCGUAUACGACUGUUCCUCGCUCUACGAGAAGAACUACAAGAUAUCAGGCGUCUACAAGUUACCAGCGGAUGAGUUCCUGGGGAGCGCAGAGCUGGAGGUUUACUGUGACAUGGAGACCCAGGGAGGCGGCUGGACCCUUAUACAGAGGAGGAAGAUCGGUCUGACCUCCUUCAACAGAGACUGGAAGCAAUACCGCGAAGGCUUCGGCAACAUCCGCGGAGACUUCUGGAUAGGAAACGAGAAUAUCUAUCGCCUGACACGCCGACCCACAGUCCUGAGAGUAGAGCUGGAGGACUGGGAGGGCCGCGUCCGAUAUGCAGAAUACGCUCAGUUCUACAUCAGUAAUGAGCAGAACAGCUACCGCCUCUUCCUGGGUAAUUAUAGUGGCAAUGCGGGUAGAGACUCUCUGCGUUACCACAACAACACCGCCUUCAGCACUAAGGAUAAGGACAAUGACAAGUGCCUGGACGACUGUGCCGGACUGCGCAAAGGUGGCUACUGGUACAACUGCUGCACCGACUCCAACCUCAAUGGCAUUUUCUACCGCAAUGGGGACCACAGCAGGCACUCAGAUGGCAUCAGCUGGUACGGCUGGCAUGGAUCUACCUAUUCUCUGAGGAGGGUGGAGAUGAAGAUACGCGCUCAGGACAUCCAGCUGUGAGGGAGAAUGUGACGAGCGGAGCAGCCAGUGACCUCAGCAGCAGCGAUGACUUCCUUUCCUUUCUUGUAGAGACUAGCUGCACACUGACCUGCGGAUGUAAUAGUAAUACAGGCUAUCCUGCCAUACCUCAUACCCGGAUAUCCUCCUCAGAGAGGAAGCUGGGACAUUACAGCAGAAAGAGGAGAGCAUCGCGCACACACAGCUAGUGGGGUAACAGAUGUACUUCUAGGGGUACCCAUCCCUAAGACAACCACUAGGGGCAGCAGCGUCCCUAUGUAUAUAUAUCUAGCAGGCCACACAGUGUGUUUUGUACAUAGAACAUUUCCCGCCAUGUGAUUACUUUAGGAUACUGGAAAGUCUAUUUUAUUUGCUUCAUGAAACUGGAAAGUCAGUCAUACUGUUGGCUAAAUAGCCAGAAAAUAAAAGUUGUUUGUUUGUUUUUUA